GACACGCGUGGCCGUGUUUCACCUAACUAUGCCUAUUUCUUCCUUUGAACACUUUGUAUUUUGCAGCCCGGGACUUCGAGGCGGGCUGUGGGCGGCGCACCCAAUAAGAAGUAGACGGGUUACUGCUGCUUUUUGCAUUGGCUGAACAAAAGUCAGUUUCACGUUGCAUUAGUUUUUAUUGGGUGGGCAAGUCGCCAGAUAGGGUGGACUGAUCUCAUAUCUGUCCGUGGAAUGAGUCAGCCUAGAACAUUGUAAGAGGGAAAGUUUUGUAACUCUUGGCUCUGAGCAGUGUCCAAACGCUACUUUUCCCUUUUGAAACCUUUAUUUUGAAAUAAAGAGACCGGAAGUGCUGCGGCGACCCUCGAAUCACCGAAGAAGCUUCGACAAAACAGGAGCGAGUCGACUGGAUAAGUUCGAAAAAGCUCAUUGUGUUCCUCAGACGGACUGUGAGGCUGUUUACAACAUGGCUCCCACUAACGUCUUUCAGCCGUUCUCCUCAGAAGCGGGAUGCAGUUGCCCACUGGAGUCCGAGCUGAGAGCAGUGCUGCAGCAAAGGAUCAUGGUCUUGGAUGGUGGAAUGGGAACUAUGAUCCAACAGCAAAAGCUUGAAGAAGAAGAUUUCAGGGGGGAGGAGUUCAAAACACAUACACUGCCGCUGAAAGGCAACAAUGACAUUCUCAGCAUCACACAGCCGGACAUCAUUUACAAAAUACACAAGGAGUACCUGCUGGCUGGUGCUGAUAUCAUAGAGACCAACACUUUCAGCAGCACGUCCAUCGCCCAGGCAGACUACGGACUUGAACACAUGGCUUAUCGUCUCAACAAAGCAUCAGCACAGCUGGCGAGGAGGGCAGCGGACGACGUCGCUAAACAAUGCGGGGAUAAACGCUACGUGGCUGGGGCAGUGGGUCCCACCAAUAAGACCUUGUCUGUUUCACCAUGUGUGGAGAGACCAGAUUUCAGGAACAUCACGUUCGACGAGCUAGUAGAAGCCUAUUCAGAGCAGGUACGAGGGUUAUUAGACGGGGGAGUGGACAUCCUUCUAGUGGAAACCAUCUUUGACACUGCCAAUGCAAAGGCUGCCUUGUUUGCGAUCGACCUGUUAUUUGAAAAGAGCUACGAACGAAAGCCAGUCUUUAUCUCAGGGACCAUUGUGGACCGCAGUGGACGCACUCUGUCUGGUCAGACCGGAGAAGCCUUUGUAGUGAGCGUAUCGCAUGCUGAACCGCUCUGUAUUGGUCUGAACUGUGCUUUGGGGGCAAAAGAGAUGAGACCAUUCAUUGAGGCCAUAGGCAAAAGCACCACAGCUUUCAUUAUCUGUUAUCCCAAUGCAGGCCUUCCCAACACAUUUGGAGGGUACGAUGAAACUCCACAAGUAACAGCCUCCAAUUUAAAGGAGUUUGCCAUGGAUGGACUUGUGAAUAUUGUGGGAGGCUGCUGUGGAACUACUCCAUCACACAUAAGAGCCAUAGCUGAAGCAGUCAGACACUGUGUGCCGAGAGCUCCUGCUGCUGAUAUUUAUCAAGACUACUUGCUGCUCUCUGGUUUAGAACCGUUCACCGUUGGCCCACACACCAACUUUGUAAACAUCGGCGAGCGUUGCAAUGUGGCUGGGUCACGCAAAUUUGCUAAGCUGAUCAUGGCUGGAAACUAUGAGGAGGCUCUGAGCAUCGCUAAGGCCCAGGUGGAGAUGGGAGCUCAGGUCCUGGAUAUAAACAUGGAUGAAGGGAUGCUAGACGGACCAAAAGCCAUGGCUCGAUUCUGUAGCUUCAUUGCUUCUGAGCCAGAUAUUGCUCGGGUUCCUCUCUGUAUCGACUCCUCUAACUUCUCAGUGAUUGAGGCUGGGCUGAAAUGCUGCCAGGGGAAGUGCAUCGUGAACAGCAUCAGUCUGAAGGAGGGCGAGCAGGAGUUUCUGCUCCGAGCUGCCACUGUGAAGCGUUACGGAGCUGCUGUGGUGGUCAUGGCUUUUGAUGAGGAGGGGCAGGCCACAGAUACGGAGCGCAAAGUGGAGAUUUGCACUCGUGCCUACAAGCUGUUGGUCAACAAAGUGGGAUUCGACCCAAACAACAUCAUCUUUGACCCCAACAUCCUGACCAUUGGUACAGGCAUGGAGGAACACAACGAGUAUGCAAUCAGCUUCAUCGCGGCCACUAAACUUAUUAAGGAAACAUUGCCAAGAGCCAGGGUGAGCGGAGGUCUGUCCAACCUGUCCUUCUCUUUCCGAGGAAUGGAGGUGAUCAGAGAAGCUAUGCACGGGGUGUUUCUGUACCGUGCUAUCAAGAACGGUAUGGAUAUGGGAAUAGUGAAUGCAGGGAACCUGCCCGUUUAUGACGACAUCGACAAGGAACUGCUGACACUGUGUGAGAACCUCAUCUGGAACAGAGAUGGCGAUGCUACGGAGAAGCUGCUGGCCUACGCACAGAACAACACCAAAGGAGGGAAGCAGAUCAUUCGGACAGACGAGUGGAGGGAAGGAAGUGUAGAGGAGCGGCUGGAGUACGCUCUGAUAAAGGGAAUAGAGAAGUAUGUGGUGGAGGAUGUUGAAGAGUGUCGGGCUCAGGUUCACCGCUACACUCGACCCCUUCGUAUCAUCGAGGGACCCCUGAUGAACGGCAUGAAGGCGGUGGGAGACUUGUUUGGAGCUGGAAAGAUGUUCCUGCCACAGGUCAUCAAGUCGGCUCGUGUUAUGAAAAAGGCGGUUAGUUAUUUGAUUCCUUUCAUGGAGAAGGAGAGGCAGGAGCUCAUGGCUGCAUCUGGAUCCUGUGAUGAGACGGAUCCCUACCAAGGCACCAUAGUUCUGGCUACAGUGAAGGGGGAUGUCCACGAUAUUGGCAAAAACAUUGUAGGCGUAGUGCUGGGUUGCAACAACUUCAGAGUGAUCGACCUGGGUGUAAUGGUUCCAUGUGAUCAGAUCCUCAGAGAGGCCGUUACACAGAAAGCAGAUGUCAUUGGUCUGUCUGGUCUUAUCACCCCUUCUCUGGAUGAGAUGAUCUAUGUGGCCAAAGAGAUGGAGAGACUGGGAAUGACCACACCACUGCUGAUUGGAGGAGCCACCACAUCAAAGGUACACACAGCAGUGAAGAUUGCCCCUCGCUACAGCUGCCCUGUUAUCCAUGUUCUGGAUGCUUCCAGGAGUGUGGUGGUGUGUUCACAGCUGCUGGAUGAAACGGCAAAGGAAGAGUACUUCGAGGAGCUGAAAGAGGAGUAUGAGGAGAUCAGACAAGAGCACUAUGAUUCCCUGAAGGAUCGCUGUUACCUGUCUCUGUCCCAGGCGAGAGAGAAGGCAUUAAAGGUAGACUGGCACUCGCUGCCCCAGCCAGUUUGUCCUCAGUUCCUGGGCACUCGUGUGUUUGACUUGUACGAUCUGAACAGCCUGCUGGACUUCAUCGACUGGAAGCCGUUCUUUGAUGUGUGGCAGCUGAGAGGAAAAUACCCCAACAGGGGAUACCCGAAGAUCUUCAAUGACAAGACCGUUGGUUCAGAAGCUCGCAAACUCUUUGAUGAUGCCCAGCAGCUGAUCCACCACAUGAUUGAUGACUGCAGACUGAAGGGGCGGGGCCUGGUGGGAUUCUGGCGCGCCCAGAGUAACGGCGACGACAUCAGGGUGUACAAAGAUGACGCUGCAGUGGACGGGGACACAGAACCCAUCGCCACGUUCCACGGCUUACGGCAGCAGGUGGAGAAGGAUGGCUCCUCCUCCGAGCCGUACCUGUGUGUGUCUGACUUUGUGGCCCCUGUAGACAGCGGUGUGGCAGACUACAUUGGAUUGUUUGCUGUGGGUGUGUUUGGAGCUGAAGAACUGAGUCAGCAGUUUCAAGCUCAGGGAGACGACUAUAAUAGCAUCAUGGUGAAAGCUCUGGCCGAUCGACUAGCUGAGGCAUUUGCUGAAGAGCUCCAUGCUCGUGUGCGUAAGGAGCUGUGGGGCUACAGCACAGAUGAGGCUCUGCAUACCUUGGAUCUCCACAGAGUUCGGUACAAAGGAAUCAGACCGGCAGCUGGCUACCCCAGCCAGCCCGACCACACAGAGAAGACUAUGAUGUGGAGCCUGGCUAAUAUCCAGGAGAAGACUGGCAUUGGUCUGACAGAGUCCCUGGCCAUGACACCUGCCGCCUCUGUGUCGGGACUUUACUUCUCCAACCCUCAGGCUUCAUACUUUGCUGUUGGAAAGAUCACCAAGGAGCAGGUGGAGGACUAUGCCAGCAGGAAAGAGAUGAAUGUGGAGGAGGUGGAGAGAUGGCUCGCUCCCAUCCUGGGUUAUGACAAUGAAGUGUAAGCUGCAACAGAGGAUCCAGUUUACAGUCCAACCAUUCCACUUUGGCUCCCAUGAGUUGUUGCUGUAACUGCUGUCACUCCCUCUCACUGACAUCCCUGUACAAAGACAGGGCCUCAGACUUUUCUAUUACAAUAAACACUACAGGAAAACA